AUGCCUUCGUUGAAAUGUGGUAAGAAGAGCAAAAAAAGCAAGUCGUCGCGUGGAAGUCGCAAAUCGAACAAGAAGACGAAGAAGUCGCAAAAGAAGGGUAGAAGCCGAAGCAGAAGCCAGAGCAAAACCGGCUCGGAACCGAAAACUCCUCAAAAGGGAAAGGGUCGAACUCAUAGCCGUAGCCGUAGCCGUAGCCAGUCGGGUAGGACGCCAGUUAAAGGAAAAGAAGGGAAGAGGAGUAAAAGAUCUACAUCGGCGAGUGGAGGAAGCACUGGGACAGGGACGGGACCGGGGCCAGAGCAAAAUGAGAAGAAGAGUGGGAAGGUAGAUACUGCAAAGGCUCGCACACCUAGAACAGCAGGAGGCAAGUCGAAGCCUGACUCUAAGCCAAAAUCAAAACGAGCCGGAGCUGGUAGAAAGAGCAGAAGCAAAUCGAAGAAAAGCGAAAAGAGCGAAAAGAGCGGCAAAGGCUUUGGUCUUAGUUGCAGUAACAAAAGGAAGAAAAAAAGUAAGAGAUCGAAGAGCGGGGGGAGCAAAAAGAGCAAAAAGAGCAAAAAGAGCCGAAGCCGAAAGAGCAGUGGAAGUAAAAAAAGCGCACGCCAGAAACGCAGCAGAUCGGGAAAAAGUCGUAAGAGUAAGAAGAGCAGUAAGAGCGGCAAGAGCCCUAGAAAGAAGGGCAGCUGGAGAUCACUGGGAUCACUGGGAUCGUUCGGAAGACGAAGGAAGAGCCGAUCAAAGAAGAAGUCAAAGCGGGAGAAGUCGAAGAGAGGCAAACGAUCUACACAGUCUAGUUCAGUGAGCUCGACACUGACGCCAGAUACCCAGUAUGAGCCUGGUGUCAUGACCUGCUCGUACUGGCCGAGAGCAACAGGGAAGAAGCAGGGCGGUCGUCUGAUUAUUGUCAUGCGCUCAGCAGAGCGUGUUGAUCGCGUUUUUGGGCCCGACUGGGUUGAAACGGAAGCACCGCAUGGAUAUCUUACCCCUACCGACCUCAAUGUUCCGCAUAAUAACACCACGAAGAAGUUGCUCUACGGAAAUGCAUUCGUCGAUAAUCCACCGAUAACUCCGUUUGGGAAAUACUCUGCCCAAUUGACGGCACGUGCGAUAUGCAAUCGUGGGAUUCAAGCGCAAUUUAUCGUCUGUACACCAACACUUCGCUCCAUUCAAACUGCUGAUGCAAUGGCACGUUUCUUGAAAGCCAAGAUGGUGAUAGAGCCUGGACUGCUUGAACCACUUUCCUGGUAUCGAUUUGGAAAUAAUCAGCUACCUGACUUCAAUCUUGACCUCAUUUGCAAUACGUAUCCGAUAGACACGAGCUAG